GCAUGGCGGCGCCGUGAGGCCGGCGAGCCGCGGCGGCUGCGGCCCGGCGGGCGGGCGGGAUGCGGCGGCCGGCGGGCUGAGCUGAGCGGCCGGGCGGGCGAACGAGGGGGGUGGGAUGCGCGCUGCGCCGCGCAGCCAUGUCGCGGGUGAGCGGCCCCGGGCCGGCCGGCAGCGCCAAGGAGAAGCGCUCCUUCAGCAAGCGGCUCUUCCGCGGGCGAGCGGCGGGCGGUGGCGCGGGCUCGGCCCCGUCCCCCGCCGCCGCCCCGGCCCCUUCCCCGUCCGGGCGGUCGCUCGGCGGGUUCAUGAGCCGAGUGCUGAAGACCCUCUCCACCCUCUCGCACUACAGCAGCGAGCCAGAGCCCCGCGGCCCGCACGCCCCGCGCCUGCCCCCGCCGCAGGCUGCCGGCGGCCUGGGCAGCUGCUUCCCACCGGGCCCGCCGCACAGUCCCGAGCCCCCGCCGCGGCCCGCCGGCGGCCCGGAGGCCGUGCCCGGCGUGGCGGGGCUGCGCAACCACGGCAACACCUGCUUCAUGAACGCCAUCCUGCAGUGCCUCAGCAACACCGAGCUCUUCGCCGAGUUCCUGGCGCUGGAGCAGUUCCGCGGCGGGCAGACCCCCGCCGCCGCCGCCGACGGCCCGCCACCCGCCCCCGGCGAGGUCACCGAGCAGCUGGCGCAGCUGGUGCGGGCGCUCUGGACGCUGGAGUACACCCCGCAGCACAGCCGCGACUUCAAGAACAUUGUGUCCAAGAACGCUAUGCAGUACCGUGGGAAUGCCCAGCACGAUGCGCAGGAGUUCCUGCUUUGGCUUCUAGACAGAGUCCACGAAGAUCUGAACAAUGUAGUGAAUUACAGCGGCAUGCCUCCACUCAAGCCACCGCUGGAGGAUGACGUGCUGCUCGAGGGACCCGCCUUUCCAAUCAGUAGUACUUUUGUGCAGGAACUCUUUCAAGCCCAGUACAGGUCCUCUCUGACGUGCCCUCAUUGCCAGAAGCAGAGUAACACCUUUGACCCUUUUCUCUGCAUCUCUCUGCCGAUUCCUUUGCCUCACACACGGCCACUCUACGUCACUGUGGUGUACCAGGGGAAGUGCUCGCACUGCAUGCGGAUCGGAGUGGCGGUGCCCAUCUCUGGAACGGUGGCCAGGCUGCGGGAGGCUGUCUCAUCAGAGACCAAGAUACCCACGGAGCAGAUCGUGCUGACGGAGAUGUACUAUGAUGGGUUUCAUCGUUCCUUCUGCGAUACUGAUGACCUGGACACCAUUCAUGAAAGCGACUGUAUAUUUGCCUUUGAGACCCCAGAGAUAUUUAGGCCUGAGGGUAUCCUUAGCCAGAGAGGAAUACAUGUGAACAAUAACCUGAAUAACUUGAAAUGUGGCACUGAGCACUCCCGAACAAUAUCUUACUCUCAAGGAACAGUGAAGUCUGGAAAACUGGAACAGUCCUCUACUAAACCAGCAGCAAAUGACAAGAUUGUCUUGCUGGUGUGUAACAGGGCGUGCACUGGACAGCAGAGCAAAAGGUUUGGCUUGCCCUUUGUGUUGCAUUUGGAAAAAACAAUUGCUUGGGAUAUUCUACAGAAGGAAAUUUUGGAGAAGAUGCAGUAUUUCCUGCGGCCUGCAGCCUGCAUGCAGGUUUGCCCAUUCAGCUUGCGAGUGGUCAGUGUUGUGGGCAUAACGUACUUGCUACCUCAGGAGGAGCGACCCCUCUGCCAUCCAACAGUGGAAAGGGCAUUGAAGUCAUGUGGACAGGGGGGAACUGCUCAUGUGAAAUUAGUGGUAGAAUGGGACAAAGAAACUAAAGAUUACUUGUUUGUGAAUACAGAAGAGGAGUAUAUUCCAGACUCUGAAAGUGUCCGCCAGCAGAGAGAGCUUCAUCAUCAACCUCAGAUCUGCACUUUAUCUCAGUGUUUCCAACUGUACACCAAAGAGGAACAGCUUGCCCCAGAUGAUGCAUGGCGAUGCCCACACUGCAAGCAGCUGCAGCAGGGUAGCAUCACACUGAGCCUCUGGACCUUACCUGAUGUUCUCAUCAUACAUCUCAAAAGGUUUAGACAGGAAGGAGACCGAAGGAUGAAACUUCAAAACAUGGUUAAAUUCCCCCUGAGUGGCUUGGACAUGACUCCUCAUGUUGUUAAACGCAGUCAGAGCAGUUGGAGUCUGCCAUCUCACUGGUCACCCUGGAGGAGACCUUAUGGUCUCGGAAGGGAUCCUGAGGAUUAUAUCUAUGACUUGUAUGCUGUCUGCAAUCAUCAUGGCACCAUGCAAGGGGGACACUAUACAGCAUAUUGCAAAAACUCGGUUGAUGGCCAGUGGUACUGCUUUGACGACAGUGAAGUUCAGCAGCUUUCUGAAAACGAAGUCUGCAAGCAGACAGCUUAUAUUCUUUUCUAUCAGAGACGCACAGCAAUCCCAUCAUGGUCUGCUAAUAGCUCUGUGGCAGGCUCCACAAGCUCCUCUCUCUGUGAGCACUGGGUCAGCCGUCUUCCUGGUAGCAAGCAGCCCAGCAUUGCUUCGGCAGCGUCAUCGCGGCGCACGUCUCUGGCUUCGCUCUCAGAAUCAGUAGAGCUGACUGGGGAAAGGAGUGAAGAUGAUGGAGGAUUUUCAACUCGGCCCUUUGUAAGGAGUGUCCAGCGUCAAAGCUUGUCAUCUAGAUCUUCUGUCACCAGCCCACUGGCAGUGAGUGAAAACGGUGUCAGGCCCUCAUGGUCACUCUCCGCAAAACUGCAAUUGCGCUCCAACUCUCCAUCCCGCUUCUCUGGAGAUUCCCCUGUACAUACCUCUGCUUCCACCCUGGAGAAGAUUGGGGAGGCUGCUGAUGAUAAAGUCUCCACCUCUUGCUUCGGCAGCCUGAGGAAUCUCUCUAGCAGCUACUUGGAGCCCUGUGAUGGCGGUCGGCGAGAGCACAGGACGGCUCGCAGAGCCCCCUUGGCUGUCAUGGAAGGGGCAUUCAGGGAAGAGUCUGUUUUAAGGACAUCUAGCUCAGAUCUUUCAGAUGGGUAUGUUAAAAGCUCUGUGCAGCCAGACAGGAAUCGCCCUGCUUUGGACCCCUUUGAUAAUAACAAUCAAAUUGCCUUUGUUGAUCAGAGUGAUUCUGUGGAUAGCUCUCCGGUCAAGGAGGUGAAAGCCCCCAAUGGGACAGGGCUGUCUGCAGAAAAGGCAGAUGGCACCCCUAAGAAGGUUCACAGCUCCAAGGGAGUUUCUGAGCCAGACAAAAGUUUGAGGAAGGGAAGGACAGUCUUAUCUACCCAAGAGACCAAAGUCUCUCGCUCUUCUCCUCCUCCACUAAGGAGUUCCCAGAAAGUUUCCCGGUCUAGAAGUAAGAUGGACUCCUCUAGGGCCAGUGGGCGACAUGGGUCUCCUGCUCCCACUCAGGCUAGGAAGGACCAUAGCACGAAGCCCCUUGAGGUGUCUGUCCCAUCAGCUCAACAGAAGCAAAAGUCAGGUUCUCCAUCCUCCACAGCUGCCAAGAAAACCCCAUCAGGCUCAUUGACUAAGGGCUCUUCUGCUGGGAAGAGCCGGACUUCAGACCGAAGCCUCAGCAGAGAGGGCUCUAAGAUAAGUCUGGGGUCGGAUAAAACAAGCGUUACCAGCAGUUCAAGAACGAGCUCCCCACGGAUAAGCCACUCUAGGAGUGACAGCAGGGCAGUAGACAGCAAACACGUGCGGAGUUCCUCUAUGGCCAACCUGCGGUCUCCAAAUGUUGGUGUGCGUUCUGGUUUGAAGAGGGACAGCAAGUCAGAAGAGAAAGGAUUGUCUUUCUUUAAAUCAGCCUUAAGGCAGAAGGAGACCCGGAGGUCAGCAGACCUGGGAAAGACAACGAUGCUCUCAAAAAAGACAGGGAGUAGCAGUUCCAAGUCAGGCAGUAAAAAUGUGCUGGAAGACAAAUCGGAGAAAGGUGUUGUCCCACCAGCCCCUCAAACCAAUGCCAACGUUACUGCAAAAGAAAAACUUGUCCCAAAAGAUGCCACACCCAACAAACAUUCUCUGCUACCCAGUCGCAAGUCCAAGUCUUCCCAGCUAGAUCCCGGAGUCCAGUCUCCUCCUUCCAGUGGCAAGCAGUCUGCUGACAAGCCACUGAAAAAAUUACCUUCCAGCAUGCAGGUGUCUGUACGGCCUUCUCUGGAACCUCAGUGAAAUGCUGCAAUCCAGGUGUCUUUUCUUCUGCUGAGAAGCUAAUUUAUUCUGAGCUCUUGUUUUUUUGUUCAUGUGCCUAAUGUAUGUUUUGAGGAGAAGUUAACUGCAAGUUGUUAAAAGCGCCUUUUGAUUCUGCCAUCAAACCAAAUAGCCACAGGCAGCCAGCACUGAUGCAAGUAGUCUAGCUGGAGUCAUUGUUGAACAUGAAUGCAGCUGUCCCAUAGCACUUGUACAGGAGUCUCUUUAUAGAAAAUGCAACAGCUUUCUUCAGAUUCAAGGUUUGAAAUCUGAAACCCAGUUGUACUGACACUAGUGUGCUUUGUAGAGCUGUGAACUGAUAUUCCUUUGGUCUUGUUCUGAGCAGGCUGUGUCCACGUUGGUGUAUGGCCUUGUUCUGAGCUAUGGAGGGUGCGAAGGAAACUGGAGAGACUGCCGCUUCUUUAUGCUCUCUCUCAACCCUCUCUCCCUGCUCCCCUCCAUUUUUCAAGCUUUCUAAAGGGCAAUAUUUCAACACUAAUGUUGUUUCUCAGGUAUAUACUCAGCCAGUAUAGGAGGGACUAGCAUUAGUGGAUGGACAGAAAGGUACCUGUGUGUCCAUGCGUACGUGUGUCUGUGUAAUAGAUUUCAUUUUUGCAUUCCAACAGCAGAAUUUUUUUUUUUGUGAAAUGUAAUCUGCAUUUUUUUUUUUUGUUGCUGUAUCUAUGAAAGAGUUUUACUCUGUCCAUGCCUAAGACGACCUCCACCCCGUCCUCUUUAAUUGCUUUGUCUCUUCUGAAACACUACUAAGCAACAGAAGAAAUCACUAAGCAGCAGCCGCUUGCCAGCUCGUACCUGUGGAAGUGCUAGGCGGGAGAUGGUUGCAGUGCCGUAGGAGAGCUGUCUUCAUGCACCCGAAUGGCAGUGAUGCUGUUAGGACCCCUGUUCAAACUCCUGAGAAGAAGUGUUUCCUAAUGUGCUCAGAUGCUUAAUCGUAGUGGUGUGAAUAUAGCAUCCGUUAUUUAUAGGAGUAACGUUUAGAUAAGCCAAGUGUCGUCUUGUCUUCUCUGCCCUUUCUGAGCAUGCUUUGAACAAGCCUCUUCGUGCGGGUUGGAGGGGCUGUACCAAAAUACCGUGGAGCAGUUUUCACAUUCUCCAGAGCGCUGCUACCUUGUUCUUCCCUUCGGCAUGCUUCUCACCUGCCCGGCGGGUCUGGCUACCACAUGUCUCUUAGCGAAAUGAUCCCUAUUCUUGUUUGGAUGGCGGUCUCUAUCAGGGUUAAAACACUACAUCUAGUGAUGUCUUUGUUUACAUGCCUUUCUUACAGGGGAGAUUGCUCAAGUUCCUUAAGAUUCCUCUUAAAACUCUUAAAAGGUGGAUUCCUCAAAUCCUUUUAUAUGCGUGUGGUGUAAUUUUUUUUUACUCUCAUGAGUUUUUAUUAAUGUGCUGCAUAUCCUUUACGUACAGCAGCAGUCUGUUGUGUAUGUCACGACAUGCAGCAGCUGGGCAGUGUGCUGGGCACGCUUGUCUUCUGAAUGAGGUCUUUGCCUGUCGUAUAGUUGUGGGUGGUAAAGCUUCUCCAGGCUUAGCUUGUGGAGAGACAUAUUUGUACAUCUUUUCUGUCACCGUAACAAAUAGCCCUCAAAUAAGUAGCGACUCUGAUUUAGUCUGUUCCACCUCCUCGGAUGUGCUGAUGACCCUGCAAGAAGCCUUGCCCCCGGGUCUGCUGGGCACAUUGCCGCUCUGUGAUCACCUUUUCUGCUCUGCUCACCACACGUCCGCAGCCACCUUUGGGGAAGAGGUAUUUUGGGGGUAGCUGACACCUUGGAGAAAAGGCCGCGCGUGUGUGUGGAGCUGGGCCGGGGGUGCCACAGAGCGCUGGUCAGUGUGUGAUGGUGAACCCACCUGCAGUAUAACCCUUGCUCUGUCCCAGUGAUCUUUUGCAGUACUUCCCUUCACGCCACCCAGAAGCAAUGCCAGUAGCCUGCAUGUUUUAACAAUAUGCUGGACUCUGUGCCCUGAAAUGUGUUUUUAAACCUGAACAUAACCAUCUUCUUGAUGCAUUUCUUCUCCUGGGUAUUGUUCAGUCUCAUUUAUUGCAGCAACAAGAAGCAAAGAUUGCAUUACUUGCUUCUUAAAUGUAUGACUGGGAUUAUUCUUGGAUUAUUUUUUGUUACAUCCAGCAGAGCAGAUAAGACUUGCUUCACAUUGUAGUACUUAAAUUACUCCCUGAAAUGCUGAUGUUGAAGUAUUUGUUUAAGGUUUUAUCUGUAUUAAGGUCUUGCACUGUGGUGACUCUUCUCUUGUAACAACUCUUCUAGCAAGAAUGUAAUUCUGGGAGCUAGCGCUAACUUGACGUGGUGUCUUUUAAUAGACAGAACCUAGUUUUCUGUGCGUUGUACCAUGGGACAUUUGUGAAAGAUUAUUUUUAUCAAAUCACAUUUUCUUUUCAUGCCAUUGUUCACUGAAGAAGUUUAAACUGGAAGCUAGUGUAUGGUUUCUGAGGUGAUUUUGCUCCUGCAUUGCAUGCCUGGACUGGAGGAAAUUUUGAAGCCAUGUCCAAAUUGGCGUUUUAGCUCAUCGCCAGUUCAAUACAUUUGUGUUUGGGGCAUGAGAAUGGUCAUUAGAGCUCCCAUUUGAAGAAAAUGGGAAUGGGGGGUCCUGCUGCCAAGUGUUCCAGUAACAGAUGUUAAAAGCAGUCAAACCUCUGCAAUCCCUUUCUAAAACUGCGUGUGGGUUAUUGCAGGCCCUACGGAAAGUGGUUUGUGGAAAAGCAACAUCAGUCUUCUCUCUCUGCUUUAAAGCAGGCUUAUUUCCUAGCCCUUUCAUGCAUAGGAACUCCUGUCCAUGUGUAUUGUGUUGUCCAGAUGUAAGGAUGUGGCACUAAGGAACACUGCAGAGAGGGAUCUUCCAAGUCCUAGAUGCCAACACCACCUUGGCUUUGUGUAUUGAUCCUUAAAGCAGUGGAGGCUGGAGGCUGUUCUGAAGCAGCCAUUCAUACGCGGUCAGCUCUUUUCUUAAAAUUCGUGUUUGGCUUUAGAAGCACUUGUGCCUGUGGAGGACGUAGGUUCUGCCAUCUCCGAAGGUCAUCGCUGGCCAGGGAUCUUCACCUGCCCCUGGGUGGUGGCAUGUGGGGCCUGGAGUGGGAUGAGAACGGCUGCUGUCUGGGUUUGCUCUGCUGGUCACGCACAGCUACGGUGCCUGUGGAAUGGCCUGUGGUGUGGCUGCCUGUGGGGUGAGCUGUCCUGCCUUGGGGGUGGUGGAGUUUGGGACCCCAGAGCUGAUGAUCUGGAAGCAAAGGUUUAGAGGGCAGCCUCAUGCUGGUGAGAAGUGCCUUGAAAGGCCGAGGUCCAGCACUGUCCCAGUCCUCACGCGGCCGCAUAAGCUCCGAGGGAAAGCAGGCUUCGAGCCCUCUGAAGGGUUUUAUGAUGUGAUUCCAAUCGACUUUGGGUUGAAGUCGCCUGCAUUGGCCACGUGUAACUCGUAUUUCACAUCACAUCUCUAGUCUGACGCUUGCUUCUGUUCCUGGAACCAGCCCUCUGGGCGCAGGAAAGCAGCGCCUUCAUUCCAGUGCUAGAUUCCUGCUGGAGUCACCUAAAGAAAUUAUUUUUACCCUUUUUGGGCUGCGUCUUUUGGACAGUGUUUAGUAGUAUACAAAUUAUAAGCACAUUUUCAAUGACGUGUGUUAAAGAGGCACCUUUUAUUUGUAUUAAUCACAUUUGAUAGACAAUUUGGUGCCUGCAGUUCUCUGUAACUUGUAAGUGUCUCACUUUGGGUGUAUAAAUUGUUAACCCUUUCAAACUUAUCAGAUAUGGCUAAAUAAAAAAAAAAAAAGACGCUUAGGAUAGAAAAUUAGCAGCUUAAUUACAGUACACUUAUUCCACUGUAAGUGCCCUCAUCUCUCUUAGCUGCAGGGUUGUUUGCUUUCCAAAGCUAAAACUUGAGCAUGAUCAACCAUUUUUUUUUUCUUUUUUUUUUUUUUUUCUCAGUAAUAAAGGCAGUUUUGCAUGGCAGUUCUCUCGCUGUACCCAAAUGCAUGCACUUACUAACUAUGCAAGCAUCUAAUACAAACCAUAGACCGUGCUUUCAGUCUCAGAAGCUGCUAGGUAGACUCCGGAGCACUGCUUUGAAUCUGGACUUCUGUUUCUCGGUGCAGCUGCCUGUCAGCGCGUAGGAGCAUGUCCCUGGGUUCCUGCUUUGUUUGCACAUCUUUGAUUCUUUCCUUUGCAGAAUUCUGCAUUACUGACAAGGCUGGAGUGUAGCAUAACGUCAAAGGGAUCUGAAAUGUUGAAAUGAGAACAAACUGGUUUUCUGUAUUGUAUUGUAUUUUUCUUUUUUUUUUUUUUUAUAACAGGGAAAACCCGAUCAGUGUUCUGUAUGUAGCCUGCCAUUUUCCAUGUAACUUUAAUGACAUGUUCUACGUUGUGAGAAGAGGCAGUCACCUGUAGCCGUACGAGCACUCAAAAAAAAAAAAAAAGGAGUUUUUGUUGAAUUUCUGUGCUAAUGGAGCAGUUUCCAGUUGUCAGUGUGCUGCUUGUACUGGUAACGGGGCUUCUGCCUGCCUUCCCGGGAAGAGCCAUGCCGGACCCCAGCUGCCCACAGGGGUGGCUGCACUUCCCGUUCAUGCUCCCAAACCGUGGUGGUGGUUGCGUUUCUGAGCUGUGCUCCCGUUCGACUGCAGAUCCCACCGGGGCCGUUGUACGCACAGUGUGGGGCCGGCCAGGGUUGCGGCUGGCGCGGGGGCAGCUGGCGAGGUCUCACCGACAGCACGUUUGAUUAGCAAGAAGUGUUGGCCCCGGGAUUCCUCCGGGGCUGCCUGGCCGUGUCCCUGCGAGAUGCCACCUCGCAGCAGUGCUUAGAGCAGCUGGGCUCAGCAGGGGCUGGGUGUCGGGCGGGUUCUUGGCCCCACUCCUCCCAUGGGUUCUCUGCCCAUCCCCCUUGGUCAGCCGGCGUAGAGAGGGUUUGGAAAUGACAUUCCAAAUAAUUUUACUGUUACCUUUUUUUUUUGUAUCUUUGUCAUUUGCCUACUAAUCCAAAAAUAAUUUGGCAGUAUCUAAUGUUAUCUGUGGAGGGAACUGAAAUUUAGUUUUAAUCUGUGGUGAGAUGAAAGAACUACAUGGUUUUCUUAAUAAAAGCACCGUAAAGCAUUUACUAUUAGGAGCUUUAUUUUGUAGAAUAAAAGUACCUCUGAAGACUUGUACAAUAUCUAUAUUAGGUCUAAAGGUUUAGGGAGUCUUCUAUUUUUUUAAAGGCGAUAGCACUCAAUUUAUCUGCAAAUAGUGUUUUUUAAAAGACACAGAUUAAAACUAAGUGUGAACACAAAUUCUGUUUCACUCUAGGCCCUGCAGCACAAACGCGUUGCAAGAAAGUUAGCGUUAGGUUUGUAUGGCAUUUGUGCAGUGCAAUAAGAAACCAUUUUUAGGUGCUACAUUGCCUUGGGUAGGGUGACACAAGGGAAUACAGGCUACAAGUGGCUAGAUUAUUUUCUUGUGGCCUUCCAAGUAUUUAAUUUGUACAGAUUUGCUCACCAACUGUGCCUCACCAUUGGUUAAAAUUGAAUUUUAAGUCCUGUUGCAAAUGCAGUCUUCUGGACACGAUGUCAGAUUUUACACUGGAAUAUCUACAGUUCUAAAAACUGCAUGUCACAUCACUGUACACUGAUACUGGGACGUGGGGCUUGCCCACACCUUUGAUAUUCUCUUCUGUAUUUUAAUGUUUUUGAACUGUACAGUAAUCUGGAAAGCAGGCUGUCUUUACUUGGGAUUGAACAUUGUACCAUAAAUUUUAAAUUAUUUGAGGACAAGUGCAUGAGACUGUGUCAAUGCCUUUUAUUAUUUAUUUGUAUGUUUUAUUAUUCAAGGUGUAUGCACUUUUAAUAUGCAGAAUUUAUAUUUUUAUGUUAAAAAUCAUUUUCUUUCAGAAAGAAGAGUUUGAAUAUGAGGAAUUGGAAUUAAGUGCAAAAAGGGGAAUAUGUAAUAAAAUACAAUA